AUGGAAACCCCUACCAAUAAAAUCAUUUUCGGUCCAGAUUGGGACCUCAGUCGCUGGACCUCCUCCGAUGAUCGCGUCCGUGGUGGAUCAUCAGUGUCAAAUCUCGAGCUUACCGCGGAAGGGGUACUUUUUCACGGCAACCUCGACAUCGAGACACUUGGGGGUGCCGGCUUUGCCUCGCAACGCACGGUCGAAGACGAACAUAUAUGGGACCUCAGCGGAUACGACGGUGUUGAGCUACACAUUGUUUCAUCGGACAGAAAACGAUACACUUUCACCCUAACAGACGAAAUCCCACACCGGCGGCCAGACGCUCGUGAACAAAGUGCUCUUGUCUGGGAAUACGAUUUUUGCGCGAGUGAGGCAGGGCGCGAGGUGCGUGUGUCAUGGAAGGAUCUGAAACCGACAUACCGGGGGAAGCCGGUAGAAGAUGCGAGCCUUAACAUUCAAUCCAUCGGAGUGUUCCGCGAGAGCUCCUUGGAUAAUCCUAGUGCGACAAAGGAGUCCAUGGACUGUGGUGGCGAGAAAACGGAGGUGAAGGAAACUUGA